AUGGACGGGCUUGCAGUUCCGAAGAAAGCAGCAAAGCAUCAGUUUCCAUAUGAGGAGCUUCUACUCAAGGAGAACGAAGAUGAGUAUCCAAUGUGGGUGAACUACGAUGGCCUUGUCAUACUUGAGACAUUCAGGGACUGUUCCAGACAGGCAAGUGACUUUCUUAUAGCAAUUGCGGAGCCUGUAAGCAGACCGGUGAAGAUACACGAGUUUCAGAUCACAGCGUAUUCGCUUUAUGCAGCAGUCAGUGUAGGGCUGACAACAGGAGACAUUAUAGAAACGCUUGAUAGGUUUUCAAAGAACUUUCUUCCAAGGUCGAUAAAGGUGUUUAUUACUGAAUGCACUCUGAGCUAUGGGAAGGUGAAGCUUGUUAUGAAGGCAGGAAAGUUUUUUCUCGAGGCUAGCGAUGAGGAAGUAAGCAGUAUGCUUUACUUGGAUGUGGUGAUACGAUCGUAUGCAGAGAAUGUGAUGAGUGACGGGAUGAUCCGGAUCAAGACGGAAUGUGUGGAGCUUGUGAAAAAAAGAUGCAUAGAAAUAGACUAUCCGCUGAUUGAGGAGUAUGACUUCAGGAACGACACGGUUUUGAGGAGCUUGAAGAUUGAUCUUAAGCCCACUGCGGUGAUAAGGUCAUACCAGGAGAUAUGCCUGAAUAAGAUGUUUGGGAAUGGACGAGCUAGGUCGGGCAUUAUUGUCUUGCCAUGCGGAUCGGGAAAGACAAUAGUUGGAAUCACUGCAAUUAGUACGAUCAAGAAGAGCUGCUUGGUGCUGUGCACAUCAGCAGUGUCUGUUGAGCAAUGGAAGCAGCAGACCCUGCAAUUCACGAAUGUUUUGCCCGACAAUGUGGGAAGAUUUACUUCUGACCACAAGGAAUGGCCUAAGGAUGAUUGUGGAAUAGUAGUGACGACAUAUACAAUGCUGGCAUAUACUGGGAAAAGAUCGUAUGAAGCACAGAAGAUCAUGGACCAGAUCCGAGGCACGGAAUGGGGGCUUCUAGUGCUUGAUGAGGUGCAUGUUGUGCCUGCAAUGAUGUUCAGAAGGGUGCUAUCGAUAGUGUCGCAUCAUUGCAAACUUGGGCUUACAGCAACUCUUGUGAGGGAGGACGACAAGAUUGAGGACCUGAACUUUCUUAUUGGGCCAAAGCUCUAUGAAGCGGAUUGGCAAGACUUGAGUGCCAAAGGGCACAUAGCCCGGGUUUCGUGUGUGGAGGUGUGGUGCAGGAUGACAGGGGACUUCUACCGUGAGUAUCUCUCGCAGCCAGCAAGGCGAAGAAGGCUUCUUUCGAUUAUGAAUCCGACCAAGUUCCAGAUGUGUGAGUAUCUGAUAGACAAGCACGAGGGCAGGGGAGACAAGAUAAUUGUGUUUUCUGACAGUGUGUAUGCGUUGAAGGCAUAUGCAUUGAAGCUUGGCAAGCCGUUUAUAUAUGGGCCGACGGGGCAGACAGAAAGAAUGAGGAUACUGAAGCAAUUCCAAACGAAUCCGUUGAUCAACACGAUAUUUCUGAGCAAGGUCGGAGAUACGUCGAUUGAUCUUCCGGAGGCUACGUGCCUUAUACAGAUAAGCAGCCACUUUGGCAGCCGUAGGCAAGAAGCUCAGAGGCUUGGAAGGAUUUUAAGGGCGAAGAGGCGGAACGAUCCGGACUUCAAGGUGUAUUUCUAUUCUCUUGUGAGCAAGGAUACGGACGAGAUGUUCUACUCGAACAAAAGGCAGCAGUUUUUGGUUGACCAGGGAUACACAUUCAGCAUUAUUACCGAGAUACCUGAAGUGUAUGAGAACGAGAGAUGUGUGUACAGAACACGAGGGCAGCAGAAGGAGCUGUUGGCAAGUGUGCUGCUUGCGUCAGAAAGAGAGCUUGAGAGCGAGGAAAGUGGAGAGGAGGAGGCAAUAUACAAUGUGUCGAAGUUGAAGAGCCUUAGUGGUGCAGACGACAUGGCAUACAUGGAGAUGAUGCCUCAGCGCCAUGCCGAUGGAAAGACAAAACGAGGUAGUAAGUAG